UUGCCUGGGUGUGUCCCUGUAAAAGCAGCAGGUACUGUCGCAUUUCGGUCUCCGUCUCUGCUGGAAAGACUUGAACCGUCCGGGAUGGAUCUGCUCUCCUCGCAGUCGCUUCUGUUUCUUCUGUCUUUCCUCGGAUCCUGUGCGGGCAGCAUCCUGCCGGAGGGGCCGUUGGACGAACUCUUGGGGAAAAAUGUGACUAUAAAGACCCUGGUUGACAAACCAAAUUACUCCCUUAUGAUCUGGACUUUCAGCGACGAUAGCGAUGAGACUCAAAACAUUGUCACCGCGACCCCAACAGAGGUGAAGGUGAACACACCUUACGUGGGAAGGGUGUCGGUUAACACGACAAACGGCUACCUGAGCCUGGCGGGCCUGAAGGCGACUGACAGCGGAUCAUACAGCAUCAACAUCGUGACAAAGGAUCUAUCCACUCAAACCGGGGAGAUCAGGCUCCGGGUUCUGGAGCCGGUGUCCAGUGUGACCAUCAAGUCCGACCUGGCCGAGGCCAUCGAGCACAACAGCACCGUGGUCCUGACCUGCUCCGCGAAAGGCUCCUUCCUCAAGUACACCUGGACCAACGGCACCACGCCCAUCGUGGACGACGGCAAGCGGCUCGUGGUGAAAGAGGACGAAGCGUUCAGCACGCUGACCAUCACAGGUGUUCUCAGGUCAGACCUGGUUGGCCCCAUCUACUGCACAGCUGCUAACAAGCUGGAGACGGAGAAGAGCGCCCCCUUCAAUCUCACUGUCUACUACGGACCAGAUGAAGUCACCAUCACUCCUCCGAACCCCCCCAAGGUCAUCAGAUCCGGCUCCAACUUCAGCCUGUCCUGCUCAGUCAGCUCCAGCCCACCGGCCACCUUCGUCUGGUACCACAGCCAGCAGAUGAUGGAGGCCGCGGGUCCCGUCCUGACCCUGGACGUGAUCGAAAAACACGGAUUAGGGAAGACGGAGGAGCCGUACACGUGCCGGGCCACGAACGACAAAACCCAGCGCACGGUCUCGUCUCCUGCCGUCUCCUUCGCUGUGAUGGACGGCAUCUCAGGUGUUAAAAUCGCCGGUCCGACCACACUCCUCCUCGCCGGCAACAGCACGGCCAACAUCAGCUGCCAGGCCACGUCCGGCGCCGUGAGCGCCGUGACCUGGCUGAAAGACGGCAAGCCUCUGUCUGCCAGUUCCCGCCUGGUGUUCGCCGAUGACAAGAGCUCCGUGAAUAUCAGCCCGCUGCAGAAAGAGGACAACGGAGAGUACACAUGUCAGCUGAGCAACCCCGUCAACACAGAGCAGGCCUCCUACAAGAUGGUGGUCAACUACGGUCCUGAACCAGCGGCGGUGACAGGCUCCGACGCCGUAGAGGUGAACGAUGAAGUGAUACUCACAUGCACUGCUGCCUCAGUCCCCCCCGCCAACUUCACCUGGAAGUUUAACGAAUCAUUGACCGAUGUCAAAACAGCCACGUACGCCAUCCAGAAGGCUGUUUACAAGAACAGUGGGAUGUACACGUGUGAGGCGAAGAACGACGUUACUGGCAAAACCACCAAGUACACCCACACCCUGUCCGUCAAAGAGGAAGGAGCUUUGGAUGAAGGUCUCUCAGACGGAGCCAUCGCCGGAAUCGUCAUCGGCGUCCUCGUCGCUCUCGCCGCCGCCAUCGGCCUGAUCAUUUACUGCAGACAGAAAGUGCCGGUCGAGUCACCGUACUAACGAAGGUCCUGCACACUGCUGCUGAGAGCUGCCGGCCCAAACAUCCGACCAAUUUGUUUCCCAUGAUCCAUCUGUGCAGCUGGGAGGAGUGUCCGGUUGGAUCCAGCUGGUUUCCUGUGAAGCCCUCGCCCAAACCAGCGUUCCCAUCAUCCUCCUCUUCUCUGUCUCUCUCUCUCUCUCAGUGGAAGCUUGAUUUUUUCGAUGGAUUCUAUCAGUUUGGAUACUUUUUUUAGUCUUUUUUCACCGUCACCUUCACCAUUAACUCGUCCUCCGCCGCUGGACCACCAUCUCUCUCCUCUUUUCCUCCACCUGCUGUUAACAAACGUCCUCCUUCACCUUUCGUCCGCUUCGCUGCUUCUGAAAAACGCUGCGAUCAGAGACGUUUCCUGGACUGGAGCUGACGGACUGACGGUUACGAUGAGUGAUUCUCUUUAUCCUGCAGGAAACCUGAGGAGGAAACACACACACACACACACAGACGCACACAAACACACACACACACACACACACAAACACACAUGUACACACACACACGAAAACACACACACGCACACACACUCACACAUACACACGCUGGAGGCCACACACGUCGACUCCGGGUAAAAACUCUAUGUGAUAAAGUUUCUGUGGUUUGAUUUAUCUCACUGUCGGUGCCAGGCGGGUGGAGUUUAGCUGGAGGACGCUUUAAGUGGUUCAAAAGGAAACUUUUAGAUGUUUCCCUGAGUUUGCGCAGCGCUCAUCACACCGAGGAGUCUAACGCGUCUGUCGUAGAAACGUGUCUUUUACUACAAAACUUUAUUAGCAUCUCUCUCGUUUCUGUCCCUUCACGUCCUGCUGCCUUCCUUCAUGUUUCUGUCUUCAUUGAACAAUAUUCAACACAAACGAGCGACUCCGCUGAGCUUCAUUAAGAUACUUUAAAAUCAACUCAAGGUCACUUUUAAUUCGUUACUUUUAGGAGGAAGCAACAACGCAAAAGAACAAGAAUAAACUAUAAAAAUAACUUUAUUUAUACAAGCCAGGAGCUACAAAGUGCUAUAAAAAAACUGAAAGUACAAAGUAAAAAUUAAAGAAUUAUAACAGAACAUGAUAGUAAAACUGUUUCUAUUAAAAAUGAAAUAAUGCAUUUUAUUUUGUAGAUACUCGGACAUUUUAUAAAAUAAAAUAAUCAUAAUUUAUACAAGAAAUUAAUCCACAAGCACAAAAAAUCAAACACAUUUUUUAAAAAGGUGACUUUAAGAGAUUUCUUCAAAGUAGCGGGAUCAGUGAUAAUUAGUAAUAAGUGAAUAUUUAUUAUUUAUAGAAUAAUUAUUUUUUGUUUAAUGACGGCGCCCCCUAGUUUUGCAUUGAUUCGACCUUAUUUCAAUACAGCCAAUCAAAUCGUAUGUGAAGCAGCGACAUCGGCGUUCUGUGAUAGGCAGAGCAGACGUCGCGCUGAGCCAAUCAGCAGCAGCGACGCAGCGUAGCUUGUCGUAGCUUGUCGUAGCUUGUCGAAUGAGCCACCAAACAAACAUUCAGGGAAAAAGUGCACAGCUGUCAAUCACAGAGGCCGACGCCCCUCCAGAGACUCGGGAGCGUCUUUAACGGUCUGUCCCCCGGAGACCAUCGAAAGGUUUAUCGUCCGACCGUAAAACAGCGUGAAGACGAACAGAUAAAGUCUUCGCUGCGAUUCUGGACCCCUUCCAGCUGCCCCCCGCCCCCCCCCCCCCCGAUCCUCAUCGGCGUUUCUUUAAAUUCAUUUUACGUCGUCUUCUGUGGAAAAGCAUGAGAGUAGAAAGAGGAGGAGGGAAACAUGAGGGACAAGAUUCAACACGCAGGACGAGUCAGCGAGGUGAAGGCGAGGAAGAAAGGAAACGAAGGAAGAAAGUGCGGGAAGGCGUUUGUGGGCGGCGACAUUCUUUGGGUUUUGGAGGGAAAGUUUUUGAACUUCAAGGCGGUGCUACUGAGUUUUUUAACCGUUGGUUGUUGUUUUUUUUAACCUCGAUCAGGUAGAAGUUGUUGAGCUAAAUUAGACUUUUUACAGGUUAAUGAGACGCCUGCGUCCAUCGCAGAGUUUAAACUGAAACAAAGCUUUUUGUAUUAUUUGAAGUUUUUUUGAAGCUUUUAGCCGGAUCAGCCAUCGUUUCAUCAAACCUCAGAUCAUCGAUCCUGCGCGCUGAGCUGGUGGAUGAUUGGCCUCGCGUUCGUGUGUCAUCUCAGACGUCAACAUGCACUGAUCUCCAGGGAGAAAAGUAUUUAUUCUGUUGAUAACUGGAGCUGAAGAUCACAGCUGGUCUGCAGAGCACACAUUCAAAAUCUCAUUCGCUUUUUUGUGUGUUUUCUCGGUUUGUGCAUUUUCAGCCUGAACUCGGCGGUCGAAGAUGCUCAAACUGAAUUUAAAAGCGCGUCAUUUUCGACAUAUACGUCUGCUCCGGUUUGGGAAAACAGCGCAGAAUGUAUGUUAAUAACAAGACGACAUGUAGCUUCGAUGCUUUUGUUUUCCUAAACCGGACACAUGUUAGAAGACGUUUUUCUUAAAGAGAAACCGCCCUCAUUGUAAAUAGCAGAGGUAGAGACGCUGUAAUGUUUGUGUUUUGUGGGGGUUUGUGGGGUUUUUAUUUCUUCUCAUGAUUCAUUUGUUAAGAAAUGCUUCUUUGUUUUGUUGAUGUUUACAGAAACUGUCUCACUUCUAUGAAAUUCCUGUAAAAAAUCUUUUCAGAUGAAAGAAAUGCCCCCCUCGGUGAAAUUCAUGUACAAUUUAACGUCCUUGUAAAGCCAUAAAAGUCGUGGAAAUAUUUUCCUAAAUUUG